CGAUAAGCGAUUAAAUAGCAAAAACUUGACUUGAGUUCAGUGCUAGGUUGACUAAUUCCUCGGCAGAUCUUUACGAAUUGGGAAUUAUGGACAAAAAAAUUGGGAUUUUUCUCCUCGUCGUGCUGGGGGGCUUAAUUUUUACCCCGGGGGGAUUUCCGCUGGGGGAGGAGUACUUCGUCGAGCCGAGCGUGGUCCUGGUGGAGGAAUGGGAAGGUUGGGGCACGUCGCUCGCCUGGUGGGCCGACAUGCUCGGCGGAAUGCAGGCUGACGUCUUUGACUACGUUAUGGACGCCUUGUUUAACCCGGAAAAACUAAAUUUGAACAUUGUUCGGUACGUUAUCGGAGGGACCACGCCGGAAUAUGUGACACCUUAUCCGUGCGGGGCUUAUCGACCUGGCGCAAAUUCUGAAACCUUUAGAGAUGGGCUUGGAGAAAAUUAUAAUUGGACGCGUGAUCCUCGACAAAUUGCCGUAUUGAAAAAAUCGAUCGAAAUGGGGGCCAAUAUUUUGGAAGCGUUCUCCAACUCGCCACCGCAAUGGAUGACGGUGAGUGGUUGCUCGAAAGGGAAUUAUUUACGAUUCCCACUCCACGAUAAUCUCGACCCUGAAAAAGCGAACGCUUUUGCGAAUUACGUGACCGACGUGAUUCAACAUUUUCGGACCGAGUGGAACAUAACGUUCGAGUAUUACGCCCCGUUCAACGAGCCGUUUGGUUUGUGGCCCGGGAUCGGAUCCUGGUUCGGGCGGGAUGCGAGUCAGGAGGGUUGCAAUAUGAAGAUGGACACGAUGGCCGAGGUCCUGCGGGAAAUGGACGCCACCUUCCGAGCGAAGGGGAUGGAUUACGUCACGCUCACGGGGGCAGAUGAGACUCAGAUCAACACCGCAAUCGCAACGGCGAAUUACUUUUCCACCCCUGAGGUUGCGGUCCAAGACUUGCUGACCAAGAUCAACGUGCACGGGUAUUGGGACGUUCCCCGGGUUUACACCAAUCGGAGAGACACCUUGAAUAUUAUCGCCCACAAAGGCGGACAAAAAUUGUGGAUGGAUGAAAUGGGCUGGGCGUCCGCACCGGGGAACGAAACCGCCCAAGCGAUGGACAUUGCGAGGAGGAUCAUAUCCGAUUUGAAGUACAUGAUGCCGUCCGCGUGGCUGUACUGGCAAAUCGUGGAGAGUAUUAAUGAGUGGGGCGUGAUCAGCGUUCCGUACCGUUUUGACGCCAAAUUGGAGGAGGUCACAGUGAACUCUGGGUAUUACGGGCUCAUGCAGUUUUCCAAGUAUAUUCGACAAGGCAUGCAAUUAAUUUAUGUCAGUGAUGGCGAAUCCGUAGCGGCGUUUGAUCCGACCGCGAAGACUUUGGUAAUCGUAACGGUGCACGAAGAUGCGACAAAUGUGACGAAAUCUUUCGAUCUGAACCGUUUUGGAGGCGAUUUAUCGAUCCAGAGCGUCACCCGAAGUUCGGCGACGGAAAAACAUGAGUCGGUGGGGGAUCAUGUGACCUUGGGGGGGAGAAAGGUCACUCUCAGAGUGCCCGAGACGUCCAUAACGACGACGGUGAUUUCCGGGGUGACCUAUGUUUCUGGCCAGGACAGGAAUUUGAUUGUGAACCCGACCUUCGAAUUGGGUGAAGGCGGUUGGACGGUGACGGAAAAUGGUUCCGUGGCGUCGGAGGAAUUUCCGUGGAGGGGGAAGCAGCACGCUUAUCUUCCGAUCUCGGAGGAUAUUACAUUUGAAAAUGUGCUAAGUCAAGGGUUUGGAGUGACGAGUGAUUCAAAUUUGCCCACGGGUCGCAUGUACUUGACCCUGUUCGCCUCCACGACGGGGGCCGACACUUCGAUUGAAGGCUGGGCCGACGGGAAACUGGAGGCCGUGCGGGUGCUUAAUCACCGAAUCGGGUAUCGGUCUUAUGGGAUCUCAUUUCCUGCCCGGUCCGGAGGAAAUGUCACGAUCCGGGUGAGAAGUAGCAGCUCCCACGGGCCCGUCUGGGUCGACGACGCGGUCAUGUAUUACGUCCCACAGGCGGACCAAAGUGGUGGAAGUGUCAUUAAAGUGACAGCAUUUUUGGUCAUUAUUAAUCUGCUUUUCACACUCUUUUAAUUGUAAAUUCUGUGUAAAUCGUAAAAUAAAUGUGUGACGUAAAAAACUCCA